UUCAAUAGGCAUGUUCAACUAUAAAAAACAAGUAGCCUUUUCCUUUGUUCUAAAAUCAAUAUAUCUUUAUAUAUCCUUUUUAAUUUGGUCUCUGUAAAAACCUAAAUCAUGAGCUUUUAGUCGUUGCAUCUCUGUAUGUUCCUGUAAGUGAUGUGUUUUUCUUCCUGUCGCACCUUGGUGGAGGUUGAGUGAUAUGGUACUGUUCUGUAACAACAUGCAUUGUUACCUCUUUUGUGUGACUUCACAACUCGACUCAUUUUGCAUUCCAAAAGCGCUGCAUACCAGGUGGAGCCUAAUAGUAGUUUUCAGUAGAGGCGGGGUAGUGUCUGCCUGACUUUUGUGUAAACUUCAUCCCGUCAGAGCCAGGUCCUUUCAUCAGUUCAGCCUGAGUGAUUUGAUGGGAAACUCUCAUCAGUCACAAUCUUUGCUCAGACUUUACCAUUCCAUAUAGAACUCAGCAGAUGGGCACCAAGAGCAGCACAGGGACUAAUUCUAGAUCAAAGAGAAUGCCUAGUGUAAAGUACCAGAAGGGGGACAAGGUGAUGGGCCGCUGGCCUGGGAGCAACUUGUACUAUGAGGUCACGGUUCUGGCCUUUGACACCAACAAUCAGCUUUACACUGUCGAGUACAAGGAUGGGACAGAGUUGGAACUCAGGGAACAAGACAUCAAGAGUGUUGGCGGCUUCCAGACACGUGCACGCUCCCGCUCACGGUCACCGGGCCGCCGUCGCAGUCGUUCACGCUCUCCAGCCAGGACGACGCGACGCUCAUCCUCUCGCACUGUGGCUGUUUCCGCUGCAGGUGCAGGAGAUGGUGCAACUGCUUUGAAAAACAAAAAGUUGAUGGAAACUUUAGAGGUCAAGCUGACCCCCGUGCAACAGGCCAAGACCCCUGAGAACAAUAGCAACAAUAAACAUGAAAAAAGAGAAGAGAAUAACGCAGCUAACAAAGCAAAUGAGGAGUCCAAUUCCAAGCAAGAGACAGAAACUGAGAAAAUCCAAGGUCGGUACAAUCUACGUCGCAGGAAAGAUGAGGGGGCGGCGAAAACCGCACCUUCAGUGGAGCAGGCGGAGAAGGAGCCUGCUAAGGUUGCACCUGUUGCACCCCUGUGCCCACCGCUAGAUUUUGGAGGGAAGAUUGGAGCGUACUUCUGGCUGCUCUUUCUCCCUGCCUGGGUGCUUUUCCUGAUACUUCAGGUGAACCUGGACGACCCCAGCUUGGCCAACUUUCCCCCUCCAUUGCCUCCUGUUGAAUCCUUCUUUGAUGCCCAUGCCCUCGGCUUUGUAGUUGUCUGGAUCCUCUUUCAGGCCGUGCUUUACGUCCUGCCUGUUGGAAAGCUGAGUGAGGGCAUGCCGCUGAGGUCUGGUGAGAAGUUGAAGUACAGAACCAAUGGGUUCUUUGCCAUUGUGGUGAGUGCCGUAGCAGUGGCAGCGGCAGUGCACCUGGGUCUUGAUCUCACCUACAUCCACAGUCAUUUCCUUCAGCUGGGCGUGGCCUCCUUUAUCAUCUCUGUCCUGCUCAGCGUCUACCUGUACAUCCGCUCUCGCUACGUUGCUCCCGAGAAGCUCGCGCUGGGAGGGAAUUCAGGCAACGUGGUUUACGACUUUUUCAAAGGGCACGAGCUCAAUCCAAGAAUCAAAAACUUUGAUCUGAAAUUCUUCUGUGAAAUGCGUCCCGGACUUAUUGGUUGGUGCUUAAUCAAUUUUGCAAUGGCGUUGGCUGAGAUGAAGCUCCAGAAUCUGAACAGUCCGUCCUACGGCAUGAUCCUGGUCAACGUCUUCCAGCUGCUGUACGUAGUGGAUGGCCUGUGGAAUGAGGAGGCGAUACUAACCACCAUGGACCUUAUGCACGACGGCUUUGGCUUCAUGUUGGCGUUUGGCGAUCUGGUGUGGGUACCCUUUACUUACACCAUGCAGGCUUAUUAUUUGGUGAGCCACCCCAACCCACUGAACAUUCCAGGAGUGAUGGCAAUUGUCCUACUGAAAUUCAUCGGCUUCUACAUCUUUAGGAAAUCAAACUCUGAGAAAAACGCCUUCAGGAGAAACCCAUCUGACCCAAAAGUAUCCUACCUGAAGGUAAUCCCUACAGCUUCAGGGAAGAAUCUUCUAGUGUCUGGCUGGUGGGGUGUUGUGCGUCACCCCAACUACCUGGGAGAUCUCAUCAUGGCUCUGGCCUGGUCCUUGCCCUGUGGCAUCAGUCACCUCCUGCCUUGGUACUACAUGAUCUACUUCAUUAUACUUCUUGUGCACCGAGACUCCCGUGACAUGAGCGAGUGCAGAAGGAAGUACGGGUCGGCAUGGGAUGAGUACUGCCGGACUGUUCGCUAUCGGAUCAUCCCCCGUGUCUACUGAGGAACCUGCAGCAGGAUGCUAGAGCUGAGACCCUGUUUUAAUCCCAUAACUGACUUUCUAAAAAAAAAAACCAAAAACACCCCCACAAUUUUAAAUUCAUUUAAAUUAGUUUCUUUUAGAUUAAGGAUUUGUUACAAUAUUCAAAACUUGGACUUACAGUGUAAGAUUUUAAGAAGUGAAGUUGGGGAAAAAAAAAAGAAUUAAAUGUAUGGUCAUUUUAAAAAGAAUUUUACCGUUUAAGUAAAAGAUACUUUAAAUAUAACAUGAAAUGACAAAUUUGAAAAUGGAAAGCGAACGCCUCUGCUAGGAAUGUAUCGGGUUUACAAUGUGUAUAUAUUUGUAUAUUUUUUCAUAUUUCGAGGAUACACCACUUGCAUUAGUUUUUGUAACUUCUGCUGUGCCCUAAUAUUCAUAUUUACAUUUUUUUUUUCAGCCAUUUAUAACAUUUUCAAUAUACCCUACAAUUUUAUUUUUACAGAUUUAUGUAUUUUCAUGGAAGGGCUUCAAUUUUUUUUAUUCUUAAAAUAGUGACCGAAAAUGAUAAAUUCGGUCCCAUGUUUCUACCUUCCUUUAACAGAUUAAAAUAAAACCAAACAAUGGGCAUUGGU